AUGGCUAUGACAUUUCUGUCAAUUGUGCCAAAGAUGGUGAGUCAGACUUUACCAACACCAUUUCUUCAUCCACUUUGUUUAUCCCAACUAACAUUAGCAAACUAUGCUUGUGCAAUGCUGCCUCUCCCCGCAGCACCAGCAGCUCCACCACCACCUUCCCCCGGUGAUCAUGGUUUUAGAGUUAAUGAGCGCUCCACUCUUCAAGAAGAAGAUUGUUGCCGGUGGGCUAAGGAAAUAGACAACCAAUGUGUAUGUGAAGUCCUAGUUCUGUUGCCACCCUUCCUUACUAAACCUUUGCAUCAGUACGCAAUUAGCAUUGGGGAAUCCUGUAACGUCACUUACUCCUGCGGUGGCUCAAUAUAA